AGCAGAUGAUUGGUCGUCGUCUCGCUGCAUGGCUGCUUUACUGCGUCCUGUAGAAGCCAUUGCACAAUAUAACGUCUCUUCGAUAUAGUUGUUGCAUUUUGUUUAAUUCUAUUUUAUACGAACGUGUGUGAGAUCCACAGAUUAUAUUUAUUUAUUUAUUUAUUUUUUCUGUGCUGUUGAUAUCAAAAUGUCAGAAUAUGACAAGGUGCGAACGGGAAAAUUAGUUUUAAAAGGCGAGAAAUCAAGACCAAAGAAACGAAAAUCUAAGAAACAGGAGAAAGAACUGGAUGUCACUGUAGAUAAUAAAGAUACUCUCACUCAUGGAGGAUGGUGGAAAGUUAAGAAUGUACUUGAAAUCACUGGUACAGUGGCCAUUGAAUUUGGAAACCAAACUUAUAUGAAAGCACUCGACAAUGGAUUGUUUACUCUUGGAGCACCGCAUGUCGAAGGAGAAGGUCCAUCACCAGAGGAAAUUUUAACAGCAUUUCCUGUCAGCGAAACCAAAGUUGCUUUGAAAUCAGGAUAUGGCAAAUAUCUUGGCGUCGAUAAAAAUGGUGUUGUUAUUGGAAGAAGCGAUGCAGUUGGUUCUAUAGAACAGUGGGAACCAAUCUUUCAAGAUGGCAAGCUUGCAAUACUAAAUAAUACAGGAUGUUUUAUAUCAGUUUCAAAUGAUGAUGAUAUAACUUGUCAAAAUAGAACAGCUGGUCCAUCAGAGUUUGUUGUUAUAAGAAGUAUAAUACAACGUUCUCAAAGUCCUAGUAAAGAUAUACCAAAAGAAGAACAAGGUACACUUGCAGAUGUUGAAGUAAAUUAUGUACGAAAAUUUCAAAAAUUUCAAGAUAAAAAGUUAAGAAUAAAUAAAUCUGAUCAUUCCGAGUUGGAAAAAGCAAAAACAGAAGGAAAUUUGCAUGAAAUUUUAUUAGACAGAAGAAGUAAAAUGAAAGCAGAUCGUUAUUGUAAAUAAUUAAUAAAGCUUUUUGUAAAUAAAAUAUUGUAAAUAAAAUUAAUUAAAAUGUAUUUUAUAA